GCAGCGGAGACUCAGUCGACUAGCGGCUUCCAAGAAGGAACGCAAGCAGCGAAUCAACCCAACCUUUCCACGGAAGAUCUGGAACACCUUUUCGAUAAAGAAAAGAGGCCAGAAAGUUUCGUGUGGCAUUAGUGUAAUUUUUAAAGCAAAACGUUAGUGUGCGCAAACUUGCAACUGAACUGGAACUGAAAGACUAGUGCAUAAUAGAUAAAUUGCCACUAGAUCAAGUGACUACGUGUGGGACAUACGGAAUCCUGCGGAACCGCGGAAAACGGUUGAAGUUCAUUGAACCUUGUGAUCGUAGAAAGUGGAUAAAUUUAACCAACAGAAAUUAUCCAGCUGUGCCAUUAGUUGCAAACUGCGAAGCGAUCGAACCUAGGCAGUCCUUAUCUUCCAUCACUCGUGAACCGUGAUCGAUCAGCUGAAGACGCAUCAUCACAAUGCCGGCGGAGUGUGCGGCAAACCCGCUUCAACGGGCCCUGGCGGACGCCAUCAUACGCAUGGUGUCGAUGGACGAGUUACGAAUAUUGCUCGCCUGCGGGGCCAAAGUAAAUGAGCAGGUAACCCAGGGCCUCAAGCCUCUACACUAUGCCGUUUGGCAGAAUAAUGAGGCCGCCGUAAAUCUGCUGAUCGUACGUGGAGCGGACAUUAACGCAAUCGACGAGGUUGGCUAUAGCGCACUUCAUCUGGCGGCCGAGCAUGGGUACCUUAAUCUGGCGAAAAUACUGCUUGAUGCUGGCUGUAAGGUGGACUAUCGUGAGCCCACCAAUGAUCCGUACCCCCGCACAACGCUCUGCGACGAGCCGCUACGAUUGGCGCUCCGUAAUAAACAUUACGAGGUGGCCCGGCUGCUGCUGGAUAAUGGUGCCGAUCCUAACAAGCGCUACUUUUUCGGUUCCGAAAUCAAUUUGGCGACGGAUGUGGAGAGUCUAGAGCUGUUGCUGACGUUCGGCGCGAAUACAGAGGCACGUGAUCGUUCCGGUAUUACGCCGUUGAUGCGCGCCGUACGGACGAAUGGUAGCAUCGAUUCGGUGCUGCUGCUACUGCACUAUGGAGCGGAUGUAAACGCUAUGACCGAUGGACGCAACGAUUAUCGGACCGUGCUGCAUUAUGCCGUUUUAUCAGGAUUAGAUCUGUUCGGUGGAAAUGCUUCACUAGUCACGAUGCUGCUGAAACAGGGUGCCCGUGUCGACAUUCCAGCUCCACUGCCAGAACCGGAUCGCCCCAGCCCACUUGAUCUGGCCGUACUGCGCGGUGAUCCGGUGUUGGUACGAAUCCUGCUCGAAAACGGUGCCAACGUCAAUCGAAGCAGCCCCAUCAUAGGAUCGCCUCUGCACGUGGCCUGUGCCGAUAACAUCCCGAAUAGAGUUGAAAUCAUGAAGAUGCUCUUGUUUUACGGCGCCGAUCCGAACGUGCGAGUCGUCGGUGAUGUGGCCACCAAUGCGAUCCUUCGUCCACCGCUUGCGGAGCUCCUGGCAAGCAACGAUCACGUGACACCCGAUGAACUACAUCUCCUGCUGCGAUACGGUGCCCGCGUUAUCCUGAAGACACAGUACCGUGAUCCCGAUGGUCUGCUGAACUGCCUCACCAAUCUGCACCACGAAUCGUCCGCCUAUCGCAUUAUUCUGGAUGCUGCCGAAGAGUUUGAUCCCUGCAUGAUCCGUCGCAAUCAACAGCUGACCGAUGAGCAGCGGGAACUGAUGCUGGAACGUGCCACCGUUCCGCGUAAGCUUAAGUCCCAGAUCCGGGCUCACUAUCGUCGGUUAUUCGGUCGUAAUCUGUCGGAGUAUGUGCGCCCCCUUUUUAUACCGAGUGAGCUCAAAAGCUACCUCCUGUACGAGCACAGCAUCUAGGGGAAAGGCAGAUAGCUACGUAUUUUGGAGAUAGUGGACCUGAUAAGACUAAACGGACGGUGAACUCAUUUGAUAUUCCCACCAUAUGAUAGACUAGUUUGUAAACGAUUGUUUCUCGAGCGUCUCGAGUAUGGCCAAUCGAGUUCCCUUUCGGGAAAACCGGAAGAGUAGAGAUUAUGCGACGAGCUCUUUAUGAGAGUGAUAAGACCGGGGGAAACGGUUAGCGCCACAUUUAUGUCUAAUUGCUUUUCCUAUCGAACUAAGGUAGCGGUUAUUAAAGCGAUAUACGUACAGCAU